CUCCGCGCUCCGCUCCGCGCCGCUGCCAGGGGGCGGCGGGUCCGUGCAGCACCCGCGGAGGGCGAGGCAGGGAGGCGAUGCCCCGCCCGGCUCCGCCGCCGCUCCGCCGCUGUGCCCCCCCCGCCGCCGCCGCCCGGGCGCCGCCCGCCCCCCGCCGCCGCUGAGCCUGGCCCGCCGCCGCGGCCUCCCCCGGCGGCGCCGCCCGCCCCGGGCUGCCGCAGCGCCGCGAUGGAGACGGCGGAGAAGGAGUGCGGAGCCCUCGGCGGCCUCUUCCAAGCCAUCAUCAACGACAUGAAGAGCUCCUACCCCAUAUGGGAGGAUUUCAACUCGAAGGCCACCAAGCUGCACUCCCAGCUCAGGACCACGGUGCUGGCCGCAGUUGCCUUCCUGGAUGCCUUCCAGAAAGUGGCUGACAUGGCCACCAACACCCGAGGUGCCACGAGGGACAUCGGCUCGGCGCUGACCCGGAUGUGCAUGCGGCACCGCAGCAUCGAGGCCAAGCUCCGGCAGUUCACCAAUGCCCUCAUGGAGAGCCUGAUAAACCCUUUGCAGGACAGGAUUGAGGACUGGAAGAAAACUGCCAAUCAGCUGGACAAGGACCAUGCGAAAGAGUACAAGCGAGCACGCCAUGAGAUCAAGAAAAAGUCCUCUGACACCCUCAAGCUCCAGAAAAAGGCUCGCAAAGAGCUACUUGGGAAGGGGGACCUGCAGCCCCAGCUGGACAACGCGCUGCAGGAUGUCAAUGACAUGUACCUGCUGCUGGAGGAGACGGAGAAGCAGGCGGUCCGCAAAGCCCUCAUCGAGGAGCGGGGCCGCUUCUGCACCUUCAUCACCUUCCUGCAGCCCGUGGUGAACGGGGAGCUCACCAUGCUGGGAGAGAUCACCCACCUGCAGGGCAUCAUCGAGGACCUGGUGGUGCUCACUGCUGAGCCCCACAAGUUGCCCCCCGCCAGUGAGCAGGUGAUCAAGGACCUGAAGGGCUCUGACUACAGCUGGUCCUACCAGACGCCCCCAUCCUCACCCAGCAGCUCCAGCUCCCGCAAGUCCAGCAUGUGCAGCAGCGUUAGCAGUGCCAAGGGUGGCAUGGCGUGGCCCGGCGGGGCUCAGACCUGCUCACCCAGUUCCACCUAUCGCUACCGCAGCCUGGCGCAGCCCCCCGCCGCCGCCACCCGCCUCUCCAGCGUCUCCUCCCACGACUCCGGCUUCAUCUCCCAGGACGCCGCUUAUUCCAAACCGCCUUCCCCCAUGCCCUCGGACAUCACCAGCCAGAAGUCCUCCAGCUCGGCGUCCUCAGAGGCAUCCGAAACCUGCCAGUCAGUUAGCGAGUGCAGCUCCCCCACCUCGGACUGGUCCAAGGCCAGCCCCUAUGACCAGCCGGUGGUCCCUACCCUGCAGCGGCGCAAGGACCGCGUGGAGCACCUGCGGGAAGCCGAGAUGGGCUCUCCUGCUGGGGGGUACCCGGGCAUCGGAGCCGAGGACGCUCCCAGGCCCCGGAUGUCGCCGGCUACAAUCGCUGCCAAGCAGCAUGGUGAGGAGGUGUCCCCUGCCGCCAGCGACCUGGCCAUGGUCUUGACCCGUGGGCUGAGCUUGGAGCACCAGAAGAGCAGCCGGGACUCGCUGCAGUACUCCAGUGGCUACAGCACGCAGACCACCACCCCCUCCUGCUCUGAGGACACCAUCCCUUCCCAAGGCUCCGACUACGACUGCUACUCGGUGAACGGCGACGUGGAGUGCGACCCCCAGAGUGACUUCGACAAGUCCUCCACCAUCCCACGCAACAGCAACAUCGCCCAGAACUACCGGCGGAUGAUCCAGACCAAGCGUCCCGCCUCCACGGCCGGGCUGCCCAGCGGCUCCAACCUGCCGGCCGGCACCACCCCGGGGGUGGCCACCAUCCGCCGCACGCCCUCCACCAAGCCUUCGGUCCGCCGCACGCUCUCCAACGCCGGCCCCAUCCCCAUCCGGCCCCCCAUCGUCCCCGUGAAGACCCCCACGGUGCCCGACUCCCCUGGCUAUGCCGGCCCUACGCGGGUGGGCAGCGAAGAGUGCGUCUUCUACGCUGACGAUGCCUCUCCGAACCCCCUGGAUUUUGCCAAAGCUUCGCCCAAGCGGCUGAGCCUUCCCAACACCGCCUGGGGUGGCGGUGCCAUGGAGAUCUCUGUCUACCCCGGCGCCGGCCAGCACCUCUCCGCUGAGGAAGAGGAGGACCAACAGCUGGCUGCCAACCGGCACAGUUUGGUGGAGAAGAUCGGGGAGCUGGUGGCCGGCGCCCACGCCCUGGGGGAAGGCCAGUUCCCCUUCCCCACCGCCCUCGUGGGGUCCGGCCCCAGCGAGGAGACCCCCGCGCCGCCGCCCGCGGCCUCCAUGGACCCCCCGGCCGAAGACAUGCUGGUGGCCAUCCGGCGCGGGGUGCGGCUGCGCAGGACCGUCACCAACGACAGGUCGGCCCCGCGGAUAUCGUGAUGCUGCCCCGAGCCCGCCGUGGCCCAUGGACCCCGGGGACAGCCCUGCCUCCCCAGGAGCCCCCACCCGCCGGCGCCCGCUGCCCUUCCCUCUCUGCUGCCCCUGCUUCCUGCCCCUCUGUCUGUCUGCUCCUGCCCUGCCCUCUCCCUAUGUCCCUCCUUCACUUGCGCUCUCUCUGGUCCUCUUUCUCCUCUUUUUCUCCUUUUCUCCUCUUCUUUUUCCUAUUUUUUCUGCUUCUUUUCCUUUGGCUUUUUUUUUUUUUGUUGUUCUUGUAUGUCACUUUCCCUUCUCUUUUCUUAUUUUCUUCAUUUUCCCAUUUUCCUCCUUUUCUUCUUCUUGUCCUCUUUUCCUCCUUUUCUCCUCUUCUUUUUCCUAUUUUUUCUGCUUUCUUUCCUUUGGCUUUUUUCUUUUGUUCUUGUAUAUCACUUUUCCUUCUCUUUUCUUAUUUUCUUCAUUUUCCCAUUUUUCUUCUUUUCCUCUUCUUGUCCUCUUUUCCUUUCUUUUUAGCACUUUUUCUUUUCCUUUUUAACACUUUUUUUUCCAUUUCUUUUUAACUCUUUUUCUUUUCAUUUCUUUUUAACUCUUUUUCUUUUCAUUUCUUUUUAACUCUCUUUCUUUUCAUUUCUUUUUAACUCUUUUUCUCCUCUCUUCUAUUUUCCUCUUUUUUUUCCUUUCCUUUUUUUCACCUCUUUCCCUUUGUUUCUCUGUUCCCCUCUGGCUUUCCCUCUCCUCUGUGUUUUCUGUCCCCGGGCGCAGGCGGGUGGCCCCAGCCGCAGCAGGAGAGGAUGGUGCCAGCAGGGCACCGUGGAGCACCAGGAGCACCAGGAGUGGGGGGCCCUGGCCCCAUUCCCCCCAGCUGCCUGCUUGGGGCCAGCACAGCUCAGCCUCAUUCCAGGGGGGCAGAAGCAAUGGGCUGGGGGUGCAGGGGGGGAAGAAGAAGUGGGGGACAUGUGAGAGGGUGGGGGGGCUGGGGGUAGAGGCACUGCAAUCCCCUCUGUCUUGGGGGGACACCGGGGUGCAGGGACUGAGGGUGCUGAACCUCCACUUUGCCCUGCCUCGCAAGGAUCACUUGGGACCCCCUGCAAACCCCUUCCCCUCGCUCAGCACCCCCAGACCCCGCUCAGAGGCGGGUCCAGGCACGGGGGGUUUGGCUCAGAGCCCCAGGCAAAGCAGCUUUCUGCCGGCGGCUGGAGGAAAGCACAACCCCGGGCCCUGCUGUACAUAGCCCCGCGCCCGCUGUCCGUCGCACCGCAGCCCCUCAGCCCUCCCCCUUAGGAAUAACAGUUUAGUUCUCUGCCUUCCCCUUCUCCUGCCCAGAACCGCUGAGGCCAAGUGACAAAUGUUUGGGUUUGAGGGAGGGGGGGUCUCUUAUUUUGUACAGAAAACAAAAAUUCUUUGGAAAAGAAAAAAAAACUGACCUGUCUUUCGACUGAAGUAACUUUUCUGGUGCUGUUGUUAACUUGGUCCUUAUUCUUUUCUUUUUUUUUAAUUUAUUUUUUCCCCUCGUGUUCCCGCCUCUGCCGCCGCUUCCCCUCUCCCUGUCCCUCUGCCACGUUUCUUUCUCUUUCUUUCAUUCCGUCUUCUCUUUUAAUUUUUUUUUUUUUUUCUGGUGGUAAUUCCCCUCUUUCCCCCCCUCCCCCGUUUUCCAUAGUCACUGCUACAAGUAACGAAUGCACUGUGAAGAUUCCAGUAUUAAUAAAGGUUGUACUGUAAUUAAUA